AUGAGUGACGAAGAUGAAUUCCAUCAACUGAAUGACAAAGUCGAAGGUCUUGAAGCACAGUCUAGGCUGUCUAGCGAAGAUAAAAUGGCGGGAAUACUACAAGGACUUCAAUCAACUUUGAAAGAACUCACGCAAGCGUCCCGUUCUCAGAUAGAAACGUUGAGUAGUAUCAGAGAAGACCUCCUGCUUCAACCUGAUGCAACAGAUCAGGACGAGCGAAGCGGCAGCGGCACAGAAAACGACCUAAAUAUCAGCUCAAUCGUUGCUAACUUGCUCGAAUCGAGCACAGAGCACGAGGUCUCAAAGUCUAGCCUUGACGCAGAGGUUGACGAUGACGUAAUUGAUAGCCUGACUUAG